AUGAACUUUUUAGUACCCAUAUUUUUCUGUUGCAGGAUGUUAUCUGUUGCUUUUGUGUCGUUCGUUGGUACCAUUCUUGCUUGGAUAGUUCAAUACAAAAACGGUGGCAUUUUAAAUGCAGUUGUUGAUAUCAAAGCCAACGAUGCUACAGGAGGCGAAUCGUACGUCUUUGCUUUUGAUAUGAGCCGCAUGAUACAAUACAUGAAAGAAAUUAUCCUAAGAACCGGCGAUAAGGAGUCCUUCAGAGUUCUUAAAUCCCUACCUAAGGAACUUGGUGGUGGGGAAGACGGUGUCAAUAAGGCCAUUCAAAAUCCCAACCGUGAAGGCGUCUUUAUGGUCGUGCCCAUCGUGGUCUUAAUAAUCAUGCUCAUAGGCGUCAUUGGGCUCAUUCUCAUAAACCUCUGUUCUAUGGUUUGCAAUUGUGUCCGGUGCCUUUGCUGUUGCGGUUGCUAUUGCUGUCGCAAGAGUAAAAGAGCUGAUAGUCCAUCGGAGGACGAAUUUUCCGAGAGCGUCACUGAGGAGGAAUCGGAUUGGACAAGCGAAAAAUACACGGACGAUAGCGAGGAUGACUUAGACUCACUGAUGGCUCAACGCCAAGAUGCCAUUAUGACGAAGAUUGAGUCUGUCGCUCUCCGUUCGAAGGUAGUUCGGGAACACCAAGGUUGCUUUUGUUGCAGCUGUCACAUCCUGACUACCAUUCUCGCUGUGGCAUAUGUCACUGGACUCGUUGUUUGCGUCGUAUUCUAUGUAAUUAUGGCACAGCAAAUCGUUAGCGUCAUAGAAAAUCCCUCAAACAAUGAGCCACAGAGUGAAUUAAGUGUCAUUGAAUGGUUAAAUGGAAAUAAUUCCGAUUUCAACUUACCAGGCACUGUAACGUUCAUCCUCGACCAGACUGUGGCGUUAGUUGAAGAGAAUGCCAAUCAGCUCACAGAAUCCCUUAGGACGACUCUCGUGGAUACAACGGACAGUCUGGCUGAAGACAGGGCAGUUCUCAUGAUUAAUUUUGAUGAGAAAGCUGUUAAAGGCAACAGUAUCGGAGAUGCACUACACCAAGUCUCUUCCAAAUUCAAAAUUAUUGCCGACAAUUUAGUGAAGCUAUACAAAAAGCUGGUUGAAUAUCCCGAUACCAUAGUUGAUGACUUGAUGCAUCAAUUGGACUUUAACGAACUCGUCAAUGAGAUUUCAGGCAGUGCGUCGGAACUUACGACUCAGGUCAGCCAGCAAAUCUCACAAGCAAAGCAGACCAUCCCUGACGCCAUUAAGAAAGCCCAGCCAAUUGUAAAAAUCGCCUUCUUCGUGCCUCUACCAAUCCUGCUUCUGAUUGCCCUCAUUUUGGUUUCAUGCACCCUCUUUUUUAUCAUUGAGGCUUUCUGUAAAGGACUUUUCUCACCGACCAUCAAACAACGAUCUGAUGGUCGUCGGAAGCGGAAAAGUCACAUCUGUGGCGCUAUUCGUUUUCUGGUGUUUUCAAUCCUACUCAUUCUCAUCCUCCUUUUCUCAGUCUUGUCGGUUGUCUUUCUUCUCAUUAACAGUUUUUUGGCCGCUGAAAUCUGUCCGUAUAUAUCACAGGAAGAUGGAAUUGGCAUGACUGACCACAUAUUGAAUAGUGUGCUGGAAGAUAAUGUCCCUGAGCCGACCAGCGAUUCCAUCAUACUAAUGAAGGCCCCUAAAAAUGUCCUCAAUGGCUUAUUCGUGGCCUGUGAUCCUACAAACCAUUCCACAACCGACCAACCACGACUGCUUCCAACCCUCGGCAUCAAACAAGUGGCCAAUUUUAAAGUGCUUGUGGAAAAUGAGGACUUCAAAAAAAUGAUAAAUGAAAUCGCUCCAAAAGCUGCCGAUAGUGUUUCUCAAGUGUUGCCUAGUGAUCUUAAACAAAAUGUUGAAGAACUACAAAAAUCUGUGGACGUUCUCAAGAAAAUGAUCAAGGAGUUUGAUGCUAAGGCCGCCGUCGAUGAAUUGAAAAAAGUUGAUUUAAUUGGCACGCCAGAAUUGGCGAAACUACGGCAGCUUGUAGAAGAGCAACUGAAGAAUACUGGUGUUCCAAAGGAACUGGACAGCGCCAUUAAAGAACUUGAGAGCGCAAAUCCUUCAAUUAUUCAGUUGCGCGAUGCUUACAGUGGAAUUUUAGCUGGAGAAACAGUUCCUGAUGAAUUAAAUGCGUACCUCGGAAUGGCCCUAAAAACGAUAGAGACUAUUUCAGACAAAAAUGCAAUCGAGAAACAGUUUGACGACAUUAUCACACGAUCUGUGAAUGAAAUGCUGAAUUCUGUCCUCGAUACCUAUACAAACGCCGUCGAUAAGAUGAUCACCACCAUUCUGCCCUGCGGUGGCUUGCAUUAUGUGGUGAAAGCUGCAGUGUACACCGGAUGCUCAGACACAGGCUUAAUUCCGCGCUUCUUUGGGUGGGCCCUGUCUCUUGCUCUCGUCACCCUCUUCUCGUUCCUAUCCUACGUGGGAGUCUAUAACCUCUGGUGUAUACAGUCGCAUACCUUUGUCUUCUGGCUGUCGCUUACUCUCGCGGAUAUCUUGAAAUGCAAGUUAAAGCUAUGCACAAUAAACGUCUUUUUUAGAUACGGGAUGCCGGGGCUUUCUUUUCCGGUUGAUUGUAUUGUCAAGGAUGUGAAAUUUAUUGAGUUUCUUCGGAACGAAGGGCGCUUGCUUCUUGCGACCUCCUCGAAUCUCGUUAUUCUUGAAUUGAAUGCCAGGUCUGGCCAUUGGGAGAAAAAGCAUUCUGUUGCCCUUCCAUUUGUAUCGGAGGAAGAGAUCACCGCUGUCGCUAUCGGGAAAGACGUCGUCUAUGUUGGCUCAAGUGCUGGCGUUUUAAGGCAGGUGGCUGUUGACGCUGGAAAUAUGGCAAUAGGUGACGACGAUUUAACGUCACUUUCACCCCCCGUCAUUUUGAAUAAGAUACCUGAGGACAAAAGGGAGCUGCUAAGAUUAAAUUCGGCUAUAGUCUCUAUCGAGCUGUAUCCAGAUGGCAAGGAACUGCUUCUUGGAUACGCCGGUGGAACUGCCAUUGUCGUGCAACCACAGACUCUUCCAGUAGCUCCCCAAACUACCGCGGUUGAUGAAAAUUGCAAAGAACCUGUUGUCAGCGAUGAAAAGCCCGAAGACGCUGAGAGCGUUGAAAAGCCGGCGUCAAAAGAAUCAAAGGAACCACUGGGUUUAGAAGCCAAAAAGCCAGAAGAAAAUUUGCCCGUUACUACUGAAGCAUCAGCACCAAAAAAGAGUAGGACUAGUGAACGUUCUACGUCUGCCAACUUGCAGUCUCUGCGCACUCAAGCCACGAAGAAAUUUCGUACACUCUCCAAGACCAUCAAGGACAAAAUUGAGCACACAGCUGAAGAGAGGCCGGUUUCGGUUCCUAUCCCUGCGCCGCCAAGCCCUCGCGUUGUGCGUCUCUUACCUCACACACAAGCAUUGUGCUGUGCCACAUGGCGCAUCACCCCCUCUGCCCUCCUCACCACGGAAACCAGUCAACUCGAAGUACUUAUUGCCUAUGACGACGGUGCUUAUCUCACCUGGACCAUCCCGAAGUCGGAGUUAGAAGUGGAGGAACCUGUCAUAGCCGCCCACCAGGAUGUUGCCAUGGUCCUGUUUGACUGUAAUUUUGUCACCCCCAGGACCCUUGCCGUGCGCUCCGAUUCAACGUAUCGUUGCCAGACCUUCAGUGAGGUAUGUGCAGUCGACUCUGUUAUUACCGCAUUCGUCGGAGGGUUGCCUCGUGCCCAGCACGCCGAGAAACACACCCUAACCGUUCUUGGAGGGGGGGACGAGCACGUCUGUUUCCAAUUCGGCUCCGCUAUUCGCGAUUUUGUCGUUCUGCCCAGUCAUCCCUCCCAACCAGAAUGCAAAGUCGGCAAAAAUGCAGAACACGAUGAACCCAGGAAUGAAGCAGUGCACGAGCAGCACGAAUGCGAAUCCUCUGAGCAGCGAAAUGCCACGGAGGUCGGCUACCUCCUUGUUCUCACGGAGUGCGAGCUUGUGGCCAUUGACCUCACCCAGCCCUCCUGGCCCGUCAUUCCCUCGCCGUACCUCAAGCACCUGGACUGCUCCGAAAUCACGGCAUUGGCUCAUAUUUCGGUUCCAUCGAAGUUAAUGGCCUCCAUCAAGGCAAGUUGUUCUCCUAGUGGUUUCGAACAGUGGCCAGUAAUCGGUGGUCGACAAAAUGGUUUUUGCUCAGGCGUUGUUCAACACCCUGAGUUCAAUGACAUCCUGGCUAUUGCGCACGCCAACUCUGAUGUUUCACUGUGGCACAUUGUUCGGGGCAACUGUUUCCACUGUCUUGGACGCAUCCACACUCUGUCAAUGUUCGAAGUUGGAGAAACUGGAUGUCAUAUUGAGAGGAAGGCUGAGGAGGAGGCUUGGCCCCCGUUUCGUCGUGUGGGCGACUGCGUCGGCGAUGCGGCCGCGGACCCUCGCUGUGCUGUGCGCACCCUCUCGCUGCAGCUUGUUGACGAUGAACUCGUCCUGUUGGCUGGUGGUACUGCUGGCAACUUCACUCUCUGGUCAACGGCUUGCCAGGGGUCUGUUGAAGCGGAUGUGCCUAAAAUCUCAGUCGAUUUGCUCGACGGCGUAGUAGAAAAAUUCAUCUGGGAGGGAUCCGAGAGCUUCAGGCCCUUAGAAGGCGUCUUGAAGCCCUGUUCCUCGUCCUGCCCAGUAUUCGGCCUCUGCUGUUUGGUCCAGUUCAAUCCACCCUCGUCCAUCACCGCUGUGACCUACGAGCCGCGGUGGCAGGCCCUGGCCGUCGGCUCGCUCCACGGCUUCGCCCUCAUCGACCUCAAGUCAAACGCCGUGGUGUACAAACAAUUGACACACGACCUUCUUCCGGUUUGCUCUGAGCCCCUUCAACCCUCUGGUGUCCGUAAGUCUCGUUUACCUGCUGCCAGUUUCGUCUUGAAUUCUCUGUCACGUCCGUAUGUAAUUUUGAAUGUAGGUGGCGCCGCUUCCAAGAUUGUGGCCAGUGGACGUCAACUGAAGGAGACCCUGCGUGAGUCCUUCCGAAAAAUCCGGAAGAUCCGCUCACAGCACUCGACGGCCGCAGUUUCGCCGCCGUCACGCGAGGACGCCUGCGCUGACAAGCCGACGACAGCGCCUUCCACGGAGACCGUCCCGUCCAAAGCAGUGGUCAGUAAAAUCUACGAACUUGGUUGUCAGCAACUUAUUAUUUUCCGAAAGAAAACGACUUACUUCACCCACCAUAUUCUCAUCGACCCUGGUUUAUCAUCGGUCGUGGAGUAUAAAGGUGUAAAAUCACAGAUAUAUUUCCUGGCUUCAUUUUUGACCCAUAUCGUAAGUAACACCUUAAUCCUGUUUCUUAUAAAAACGCAUCAUUCUCGGUUCUACCCAGAUGAUGUCGAAGAGGCAGCCGCAGAGGCUGCAGACGAGGCUCAGGCCGCAGUUGCCGAAGCACCAGCUGAGGAAGCCAAGCCGAAAGAUGAAGAAGUCGACGCGGCGUCUGAGGCUAAAACCGUUGCCAUCGAGGAGCCAGCGCAGCCCUGCCCCUGCCGCUUGAGACCGUCUGAUACCGCUUUCGGUGUGUCAGCUCUCAGCAUGGCCGACACCUACGUCAUUCCUGGCCUGCCCGCCGUCUCUAAAGAGAACAGGCAGGCCUUUCCGGCUCCCCGCACUGCAACGCUGUUUGUGGGGACGCAAUCCGGUGCCGUCAUUGCUCACACCCUCGCCUGGCCCGUGGAUAACGGCCCCAUUGAGGUGAAGGCCGUCAAGGAGGUCCAUUUCCAACACGCAGCUCCAAUCGUCGGUUUCUGUGUACUCGACGCUAAACUACGCAGUCCUUUGGUCUGCAAUGAGAAGAAGCGUUGUGUUCCUGAAGUUAUUCCUGAACCCCCUGCACCUAUUCAGCCUGAGGCAGAAGACCCACAACCUGGCGAACCUGCGACGCCAGAGAACGGAGAUGAAGCCACUCAGAAACCCGACGAGCAGCAGUCGCAAGAGCAAAAACCCACUGCAUCCGGCGGCGACAGCGAGGGCAAGGCCGUGGAAGGCGGUGCCAAGGUGGAAGCGUCGAAAGCCACAGUCGACUGCCAUGAGCUUCUAGUUUGCACUGAGGGGCAAGUUCGAAUUAUGAUGUUGCCCUCAUUGAAAACCAAGCACAAGUACAGGUUCUGGGAAAAGACUGCUACUGGCGGUGGUGGCCAUGGCGGAUUCAAACCCUCGGCUAUCAUCCAACGCAGAAAAUCAGAGCAACCCGCCUCUUCUGCGGCUAAUGUGGUGGAAGCUACUCCGCCCACGGAAACAAAAGAAGCCGAAGGCUCAGCUACGAAAGCUCCAGUCGCUACGCCUGAAUCGGACUCCAGAUCGGAUCAAUUAGAACAGACGGAUGGUUGCGCUGAAAAAGAGGAAAAGCCUGCUGGUGAUGCUAGCGCAGAAAGAGAAACCGCGCCGCCUUCCAUCUGCCUGCAUCGUGUUGCUGCUUUCGGCUUGCAAAAAUUCCCCGGUUGUGAAGACUGGUAUGCCGUGGUGGCCUUGAGAGACGGUCGACUCAACAUCCUCACCGUUCCUGGACUCAGAAGAAUCCUCAAAGAUGGCGAUCAAGAGGACAUUAUCGGAUUUACGUUUAGCAAAUCACACCAUCCAUUACUUUCAAACGUCAUGAAUCCUCCUUUAGCCCUGUGUUGCGAACACCCCGAGUGCUGCUCCAAUUUGACAUCUCAGCAGGCUUACUCAAGUCCCUGCGUCUCCAGUUGUGCCAACCUGGUCUUCUGGCCCGUUGUCAGCCGCCUCGUAGUCGCCAAUGAGAUUUCUUUCUCGCCGCCGUGUCGUCUGGCCUCCCCAGUCUGUGUGCAUGGGCUCAGAGGCACCGGCGAGGAGAGCUACUGUGUGUGUCUGCCCGCAUGGGCUCGACCCUCCUCUGCAGUUGCCACCGCCACUGGCCAAAAGGCCUGUCUCAACGCGGAACCCGAUGUCGCCGAGGUUACGGCCGACGGCACUCCAGUUGCUGUUGUCUCCGACUGCGAGGCCUCAGUUGACGCAGAGAAGGCAGGUGUGAAGACAACCAUCUCGAGCCUCGAUUCCACAGACAUUGAAACCGCCAAAGAGGUUAAUGAGUUUAUCAAGGACAUCACAAAGGGAAUUGUGACUGACGGAGGCACCGUCACGGUGAAGACCACGGAGAGCUCCCUCGAAAAGCACACUGUGAUUGCCGGUGGCAACGUGGUGACCACCGUCCACGAAACCGAGUGCGUCGACGGUGAAGUCGUCAAGGACGACAUUGUUCAGGUCAAGUCAGACGUCGAUGAAAAUGCCGAGGACGAACAGAAGACAUCUCACUGCAUAAAUGUAAUCGUCGUUGACUCCCGCGAUCGCGAGAUGCAGAUUCUCCUUGUCUGUCCGUGUGAUUUUGGUUCUUUGCUUUUGCUUUCAUAG